AUGAAGUUGAAGGUGUGGCGUGGCCACCUAAUUGAACCGAAAGGUAGUGUCAACAACUUUCCCAAGGAAAAUGCCAGGUAUUUCGACAAGUUACAAGGCCAGGCAAAUGACAGGUAUUUAGACAGGUUACAAGGCCAAGCAAAUGACAGGUUACAAGGCCAGGCAAAUGACAGGUAUUUAGACGGGUUACAAGGCCAGGCAAAUGACAGGUAUUUAGACAGGUUACAAGGCCAGGCAAAUGACAGGUAUUUAGACAGGUUACAAGGCCAGGCAAAUGACAGGUAUUUCGACAGGUUACAAGGCCAGGCAAAUGACAGGUAUUUCGACAGGUUACAAGGCCAGGCAAAUGACAGGUAUUUCGACAGGUUACAAGGCCAGGCAAAUGACAGGUAUUUAGACAGGUUACAAGGCCAGGCAAAUGACAGGUAUUUAGACAGGUUACAAGGCCAGGCAAAUGGCCAAGAGGUUUAG